AUCAGAAAAGUAACAUUGAUUACCUCUUGGCUAAGUGCUAGUUGGUCAAACUAGUUCUUAACAUAGUGACUAUGUUUACGCAACUGGCCCUUGUGUUCUGAAGAAAACAAGUCUCUUGAGGUCGCCUCAGCAGUGAAAUCAGUUUCCUGAACUGCCGCAGCCUGGAAUGUGUCGAUCUCGCGUCACGUGACUCCAGAUCCAAAAUGGCCGCGUCGGUGUUUUGACGAAUAAUACUUUUGUGUUUGUUUCAUUCUUAAAAGAUACCGAAUAUAAUAACCCUUCCAUAUCGGAAGAAAUCAGCCACGCGCGUUUGAUGUUUUAAUAUAAAGAUUUAAAUGAGACAAUCACAGCUCAUUGAUAUUUGUUUUAUGGUUCAGACUAUGCACUUUUGGUGUUUAUAAGGAAGCUAGCUGACUGGCUAGCAACAUAAUUAAGCUGAAAAUUAAAAGAAAGGCAAUGGAGCAGCUCAGUCCUGAAGAGAUCCGUAGAAGGCGACUGGCCCGGUUAGCCGGAGAACAGACGUCACAGCCCAGCACCCCUUUGACAUCUCCACAGAGAGAGACUCCCCCAGGACCCUUGCCAGGGCCCUCCGGGGCCUCAUCACAGCCACUUGAUGUAAGCGCUCAAACUGAGAUUGUGCUGGAGAUGAAUACAGUACUUCCUUUUGUGCUUUCCAUUACUGUAGGGGUUGCUUACCGCAGCCAGAGCAGCGAGGGGGUCAGCUCUCUCUCCAGCUCUCCAUCUAACAGUCUGGAGACACAGUCCCAAUCCCUGUCCCGCUCGCAGAGCAUGGACAUUGACACAGCGUCCUGCGAAAAGAGCAUGUCCCAAGUAGAUGUGGACUCAGGAAUUGAGAAUAUGGAGGUGGAAGACAGUGAUCGCAGAGAGAAAAGGACCCUGGCUGAAAAGGAUUCCUCAUCCAGUUCUGACGUCUCUGAAGAGCAGGCUUCGCACCUUAUCUGUAAGAUCUUGCGUGUUUCCUGGAAGGAGCAGGACCGUGAUGUCAUCUUUCUCCCCUCACUUGCUGCUGAAUUCCAGAAGAAUCCUAGGGAUGUUUACUCUGACUUCAGAGACCUGAUUGGACAGAUUUUAAUGGAGGCUCUCAUGAUGUCCACCCGUUCGCGUGACUGUAACCCAUUCGCCAGCUUGACCGCCACAUCUCAGCCAAUUACCGCUGCCAGAUCCCCGGACCGUCACCUGACUCUCGUCCCACCCUCCAGCCAGAGCGGCAGUCCCAUGAUGCCCUGCACUGGUUCAUUCGGUGCCAGCUCUCUUUCCAGCCUGGGUGCAUCCGGAGGGGGGAUGACUGGUGACUCAGGUAGUGACCGCUUUACCAUAGAGUCCUGUAAAGAGACGGAGAUGCUCAACUACCUCAUUGAGCGUUUUGACUGUGUGGGAAUGGAAGAGAGGAAGGCCCCAAAGAUGUGCAGCCAGCCAGCUGUCAGUCAGCUGCUUAGCAACAUUCGUUCCCAGUGCAUUUCCCAUGCUGCACUAGUGCUUCAAGGUACCCUCACACAGCCCAGGGCCCCUCUACAGCCCUCCCUGCUGGUUCCCUACAUGCUGUGCCGGAACCUUCCGUAUGGCUUCAUCCAGGAGUUGGUGCGCAUGACUCAUCAGGAGGAGGAUGUGUUUAAACAGAUCUUCGUUCCCAUUCUUCAAGGGCUCACUUUAGCUGUAAAAGAAUGUUCUUUUGACAGUGACAACUUCAAGUUCCCUCUGAUGGCUUUGGCUGAGCUUUGUGAAAUCAAGUUUGGGAAGACUCACCCUGUAUGCAAUUUGAUCACCUCUCUGCCAUUGUGGUGUCCUGACCCUCUCAGUCCCGGGACAGGAAGAGAAAUUCAAAGCCUCUCCUUUCUCGGAGCAUUCUUCAGUCUUUCUGUGUUUGCUGAGGAUGACACUAAAGUGGGAGACAAGUUCUUCUCCGGCCCUGCCAUCACUAUGGAGAACACCCGUGUGGUCAGCCAGUCACUGCAGCAUUAUCUGGAGUCCGCGAGGGGAGAUCUGUUUAAAAUCCUGCACAACAUCUUGUUGAACGGAGAGACAAGGGAAGCGGCUCUGAGCUACAUGGCAGCUCUGGUGAAUCGUAAUGUGAAGAAGGCUCAAAUGCAGACCGAUGAUAAGCUGGUGUCCACAGACGGCUUCAUGAUGAACUUCCUGUGGGUGCUGCAGCAACUCAGUAUGAAGAUCAAGCUAGAAACAGUGGAUGCUCUCUACAUCUUCCACCCUAAGUGUCGGCUGAAUGUCAGCACGGAAGAGACCCGGCUCAAUGCCACGAUGGAGGACCUGAAGAGCUGGCUCACUGAGCUGCAUGAAGACCCGUCCAAGUUCUCAGAGCCCAAGUUCCCUACAGAGUGCUUCUUCUUAACGCUACACGCACAUCAUCUGUCCAUCCUCCCGUGCUGUCGGCGCUACAUACGGAGGCUGAGGGCCAUCAGGGAUCUGAACAGGUGCUUUGCACAGAUUCAGUCGUAAAAGCAAGCAGUUUGUUACCAAAACCAUGUUGAGUUACAGUCCACUGUGAAGUCUGCACUAGUACAAAAAUGUAGAGAAGUAAUGAAGAAACUGGUGCGCUCUAAAGCCUGCGCAGACGCAGGGCUGCUGGAUGAGAACCUGCUGCGCAGAUGUCUGCAGUUCUUCAGUAUGGUCAUCCAGCUCAUCUUGCGUAUGGUGGAACCUGCCUACCCAGGCGUAACCCUGCCUCUGAACCCAGAAAUCCCCAAAAGUUUUGCAGCACUGCCAGAGUUUUACAUUGAAGAUGUGGCCGAGUUCUUGCUUUUUAUUGUGCAGUACUUUCCACAGGUUCUCUAUGAGCCGUGCACUGAAGACAUUGUGAACUUUCUGGUGGUCUUCAUUUGCAGUCAGAAUUACAUAAAGAACCCAUACUUGAUCGCCAAGCUGGUGGAGGUGCUGUUUGUCACCAAUCCUGCAGUGCAGCCGCGCACUCAGCGAUUCUUUGAGAUGAUGGAGAACCACCCAGUGUCUAUCAAUCAGCUUGUGCCAGCUCUCAUGAAGUUUUACACCGAUGUGGAGCACACUGGAGCCACAAGCGAGUUCUAUGACAAGUUCACCAUCCGUUAUCACAUCAGCACCAUAUUCAAAAGCCUAUGGCAAAACAUUAACCACCAAGGCACCUUCCUGGAGGAGUUCAACUCUGGUAAACAGUUUGUGCGCUACAUCAACAUGCUAAUUAACGAUACAACUUUUCUGCUGGACGAGAGUUUGGAGUCUCUGAAACGCAUCCAUGAGAUCCAGGAGGAGAUGAAGAAUAAAGAGCAAUGGGACCAGCUGCCCAGGGAUCAGCAGCAGAGCCGACAGUCCCAGCUGACUCAGGAUGAGAGAGUAUCACGAUCGUACCUGGCUUUAGCCACAGAGACAGUGGAUAUGUUCCAUAUCCUCACCAAACAGGUCCAGAAGCCCUUCCUCAGGCCUGAACUGGGUCCUCGUCUGGCUGCCAUGUUGAAUUAUAACCUGCAGCAGCUAUGUGGGCCUAAAUGUCGAGACUUGAAGGUGGAAAACCCAGAAAAAUAUGGUUUUGAGCCAAAGAAGCUCCUGGAUCAGCUCACUGACAUUUAUCUGCAGCUGGACUGUGCACGGUUUGCUAAAGCCAUUGCAGAUGACCAGCGGUCAUACAGCAGGGAGCUGUUUGAGGAGGUCAUUUCAAAAAUGAGAAAAGCGGGCAUAAAAUCCACCAUUGCUAUUGAGAAAUUCAAACUGCUGUUGGAGAAGGUGGAGGAAAUAGUAGCCCGAAAUUCUCAGUCUGAGAUGGAUUACAGUGAUGCCCCAGAUGAGUUUAAAGACCCGCUGAUGGACACUCUCAUGACUGAUCCCGUGCAACUUCCUUCUGGCAACAUCAUGGAUCGAGCCAUCAUUCUGCGACACCUCCUGAACUCUCCCACUGACCCCUUCAACAGACAGCCUCUCACCGAGAGCAUGCUGGAACCAGUCCCAGAGCUGAAGGAGCGUAUCCAGGCCUGGAUGAGAGAGAAGCAGAGUGGCCGUGUUUGAGUUUUCUCAGUGAGCCAAGCUUGCCCUGCAGUUUAAAUGUUUUCACCAAGCUGGAAGUGAACUGAAGAGAGAGGAGAAAUAAAAGAUGACAGUACCCAAAUUGUUUUCCUCCCUUUAUCCUCUUUAUCGAGCCACUGUCUGAAAGGCUCAUGGUUCUAAAUUGAAACAUAAUAAAGUUUAGACUUUUGAAACAUUUUGAAUUUGUAUGUCUGCACAUACAUACCAAGCUGAAUGAGCACACAGUUUUACUCCCCAAAGUUAACAAAUUUGGAUAUAUAAAGAAAUUGCUUCCCAUUGUGUUUUUGUUGUCCUCACGGAUGCAUUUAAUGGAUCUCAUGGUAAGAGAAAACAUUGAGGAAGGGGAUCCAUUUCAUGUUUGUGAAGAAUGUUAAGUAACACCAGUAUUUACUUUUUUUUCCCCCCACAAAACAUUGGCUGUAGACAUGCAGUUUACCAUUCAGUCAGUUUAUUUUAUAUGGUUGGAGGAAUACAACACAUUUUAACUAAUCAAAUUAACAAGCUCUAGACUGUCUUGUAGAAAAUACAAUAGAUAUUGGUGUAAAUUGAUGGACACUUGCCAGUGGAGCAUCAGAUGGUGAUUGACUGUAUUAGAAUUUUGUUGGUUUGCAUAGAAAUCUCAUAUGUACACGGUGUGACUAAAAUCUGAAUCGGAGCUCAAACCCAGGAUCAAAUCAAAGAAUGUGAUGCUGUGUUGUAACAUGAUCGUCAUAAAAAUGCCAGUACAUCAUGUUUUUGUUCUGUUCUCCAACAUUUUUUUGGAUCCAAAAGGUUCGUCAUUACGUGUUAUUACUAUUAACCCCAGUUGUUGGAUGUAAGAGUUUUUCCAGUGACUUAAAGGGUUUAUCUGUACAGGAAUUUGCUUCCUUUGCUACAAACUUCUUUUGGACCCAGCUCUUUGAACUGUAAUAAAUGGUAAUGCACACACAA